CGAAACAAUCUGGUCUCUCCGCCAUCUUAGGAUUUUCAUGGUAGUUCAACGUUAGAAUCGUGGCUGUACGUUACAAGAGCAUCCGUUAAGAUUCGUGCAAGUGAACUACUUGAGUUGUGUGUGCAUUCCAGUUCUGAUGGCUGAAACGGAUAAAUUGAAUAUAGACAGCAUUAUAGCACGGCUAUUGGAAGUGCGUGGUGCUCGUCCUGGCAAGAAUGUACAGCUAACAGAAAGUGAAAUAAGAGGUCUGUGUUUAAAAUCACGAGAAAUAUUUCUUUCUCAACCAAUUUUGCUGGAGUUAGAAGCACCACUUAAGAUUUGCGGUGACAUCCAUGGUCAAUAUUAUGAUCUCCUGAGAUUAUUUGAAUAUGGUGGUUUCCCACCAGAAUCUAAUUACCUUUUCCUUGGGGAUUAUGUGGACAGAGGGAAGCAGUCUUUGGAAACAAUCUGCCUUUUACUGGCUUAUAAAAUUAAAUAUCCAGAAAACUUUUUCCUGUUAAGAGGAAAUCACGAGUGUGCCAGUAUCAAUAGGAUAUAUGGAUUUUAUGAUGAAUGCAAGCGGCGGUAUAACAUUAAGCUGUGGAAAACAUUCACGGACUGUUUCAAUUGCCUACCUGUGGCUGCCAUUGUAGAUGAAAAAAUAUUCUGUUGUCAUGGUGGGCUCAGUCCUGAUCUCCAGAGCAUGGAACAGAUUCGUCGUAUAAUGCGGCCAACUGAUGUACCAGACCAAGGCCUCCUUUGUGAUUUGUUGUGGUCUGACCCUGAUAAGGACACAAUGGGCUGGGGUGAGAAUGACAGAGGUGUGUCCUUUACAUUUGGAGCAGAAGUAGUUGCAAAGUUUUUGCACAAGCAUGACUUUGACCUCAUUUGUAGAGCUCAUCAGGUUGUAGAAGAUGGCUACGAAUUUUUCGCGAAACGACAGCUGGUCACACUUUUCUCAGCACCCAAUUACUGUGGUGAAUUUGACAAUGCAGGUGCAAUGAUGUCUGUUGAUGAAACACUCAUGUGCUCAUUCCAAAUAUUGAAGCCGGCUGAUAAGAGGAAGUUUGCUUAUGGAGGACUGAAUGCUGGAAGACCUGUUACACCACCCCGUGGAGCAACAACAAAGAACAAGAAAAAGUGAACGUGUCUGGGUUGAGCAACUGAGCUGCUUAAAUAUACUUAAUUUGAAUGCUGAAUUCACUGUAGCAGCUAGAACUACAGGAGUAUUGUGCAUUCUGGAGAGACUGCUGAAAAUAUAAAUGUUGUGUAAUAUUGUGUUGGGCCUGAAGUCCUGACUCAGACGUUGUCACAAAGCUGUUUACCAGUGGUACAACAUAUUUGUAGUUUUAUAAUUUUAUGCCAAACAUUCUUCAGUACUCAUUACAAGCAAAAAUUAAUACUAAGUUAAAUACGUGACAGCGUAUCAGUGCAAUUGCAGUUAUUUUAUCAAAAUCUGUUUACUGUGGCGCUACCUGUUCUACAGUCAACUUUUUGUAAUGCAGAGCUGUUAAAAGUGGAAUGAACUUACAAAUAUGUAAUAUUUGGAAUAUUGAAGCACUAUUAGAUAUAACAGUGUUUUUAUUUCUAACAUAUAUAAGUGAAAUUAUAUAGAUGCAAGUUUGUGUUGUAGCACAGUCUGAAGAGUAUUAGAAGGUACAUCAGUGAUGACUCAUUAUGAGUGACUAGUAGUGCUUAAUAUUAAACAAAAAAAACAUCAAUACCUUCACAUAUAAUCUGAACAUUGUAGUUAAGAUAUCCGAACCGCCAAAAUGUUUAAGUAGAAUUACAAAGGAUUGGAAAAGCUUCUCAUGACAAAAGUAUUCACCCUUCUUGGAAGUGAUUGAGAGUACCAGUAGUGUUAGUUAAGUCUAUGCCACUUCUUUCAUACCUUGCCUCAUCUCUUGUAUUUUCCUCAGUUCUCACAGCAGAAUUUUAAUGGCCUGCUUGCAUGACAGUAGUAUUUAUGUAUAGUUUCUAAGCAUAAUUUUGCAAAGUACUUCAUAGAAUAACGUCCUUCAUUUCACUGAGUGUAGGAGUUUUGAAACAUGAAAUGUAUCGUCCAUUAUGUUGUAAUUAAUCCUGUGACAAUAGCAAGUGGUCACAUUGUUUUGAAUUUGUUAUAAGAAUGUUUUGUGAUGAAGUGCAUAUUUUUUUCAGAGACCAGAUAUAUUUAAUAAUGUGGUCAACUUCCAUCCAUUUUUGGAUACUUAAAUGUACAUUACAAAAUUCAUAUUGUAUAUAAUUGUUGAUGGAUCUCCAGUUUAUCAUCUUGACUGUCUUUAUAAUGUCCUUUAAUGAAUGUGGAGAGAGCAAAAAGAAACAAAACCUCAAUUUUAAAACAA